AUGGCUUCACAUGGUUCGUACCUUGAGUACAAACGGGAGACACAGUACAUAGUGUACUGGAUGAUCCAGGCUUCAAAUACGAUCCUCAAAAACUCUCCGGCCUCCUUGGGAGACGAUGCAACCAAAGUUGCAAACCCCACUGCCCAAUUCCAACCACGAUUUAUCGUCUGUUUCGCGGCCACACAGAAUCCAGAUCCUGAAUUAGAGAGGCAGAAUUCUUCCCACAAGCAUUUCAUUGAUGCUUUAGUUGAGGCUUUCACAGUUCUUGGGGGUGAUGGGUGGGCGUCAGGGCAGAAAGCUAAGGAGGGAGAACUCGAUGAGCAGGAGGAUAUUGAGCAAAUCAUUUUUGCGAACAAAUUCAAUGCACUGAAUGUUAACCCCGAACAAUCUGGUGGAGAAGAGGUUGAUAUGAAAAGCGAUAAUGAAUCUGACCAAGAAUCAGAGUCCGUGACAACUGCUCAAAACCGUCAGCAAAAGAAAUCUUCCGGCAAGGGAAAGAAGGGCCGCCGGGGAAAGAAGGGCAAGAGAAAACAAAAUAAGGUGGUCCUCGAGAAAACAAGCUUGACUGAGUUACCGUUGGAAAGCUACCGUAUUAUCCACGAUGAGGAUGGAAAUAUUACCGAUUAUCUGAUGGCAAUCUAUGGACUUAUUCAGGAAUGGGGCGACCUUCGAAUCUAUUUACAAAAGCUCUGGGCCGAAGUUGCGUAUGACGGUCUCAAUGGCGUUGUUGCUGCCACUGUGUCCAACGUGGCUAUUACUAUGGUCAAACAAGCAGAGUCAGCCAUAUUUGUCGAUUUUCCUGGUCAUGAUUCCUACGAGACUGCAAUGAGGACUAUUACGCGAGGAGACCUAGAAAAAGCCCAGAGUAUGUUCACUAUGCGGCUUAUGAUGUUGGGCCGAGAUGAUAGUACAUCUCAAGUAGUUCAUGAAACGGCCAUUGACAUCAAAGAACAAUUCUUGAUCCAUGCGUACCAGGAUCUUCUCGACUUUGUGACUGACUUCCAAAAGAACCGCAGUGGUAAGCCAACAAAACGUAUGUUGGCUGAAAUCCGCAACUGGGAUCCUCAAUUUGAUGUUCAGCAAGCCGACAAACAGGAAAGAAUCAGAUGGCGUCGAUCGUAUACGAUUAAUUGGCUUUACGAUUUGGUCAAUGUCUUCUCCGCCAUCGUCGUCCAGCGAAACACCAUGAAAGGCGAAAAUCACGACUACGCCAAGGUUGACUGGUCCAUUGAGGGUCCUUGGAAUGUGCAUACAAGACUAUUUGGUUUGCAAGAAUUCGCAGGUUUUGUGACUUCUCUUGCCAUGCAGCCAGCCGGUACAGACAUUCGACAAAAGAUCCUUCCCCACCACGUGUUUCAACUUCAAUGUAUCGUUGAUGCCUUUACAAUUUCGCGUGGCUGGUCAAUGAGCGCACUCAGAGGCCAUAUCCUUCAACGGCCUGCUCAGGGUUUUCGACCGAGACGAGAUGUUGACCUUUUUUUGGACCGGAAAUAUGAGAGGUUUUCCAAGGGCUAUCUCCAGGCUGUACAAGUUCUGAAUCAGUUGUUUGAGCAGGAUGACCCUGUCCAACAUCGUCAACAUAUUGAGAUUCUCGAGGAGAUACAGGAUGAUUUCCGUAAUUGGCUCGGGGAAUCCAAGUACAUGUAUGGCUUKAACACAAUCCCCCCMUCCCGAUUUUCCAACACGAAUGCGAAUGGUCUUUGGGACUACUCUCCUUUUCUGUGCGCUGUGGGGUUGAUGGAAGCACUGGAGAUUGCUUACUUGUCAAGCAUGAAGUUAUGGGAUCAAUUUCCGGAGGUCGUGUUGGCAAUACAUUUACACAACAUGCUAGUGCAGAAAGGUUACCUCGCACGGCAUAUUGGACUAUUUGCAAGCUUGGAAACGUUGUUUUCUCGCUCAUUUUUCGUCAAUGGCAAAGUUCCCACAUCGGACUUUGGCGGUGCCCUUCGUGCACGAGUGAGAGAAAUUGGAGCUCGCGGGGCUCAGUCCGAGCGAAAUGCCUUUACGCGAAAUGCGGCACGCUCAGCCACAACCAUCCAUAGCCUAUUUGAUGCACAAUGGGAUCCUAUGCGUAUUCCUGACAGCGACAUUCCCGUGGAGUCCUUGCUAGGAACAAUUCGGAUUAGCAACACAGACCUAAUGGUCGACUCAGAUACCGGUGAGCGACGAUUGAAGGAUUCGGAUUUAGUCCAACGUUCGAGAGCCAAAGGUAUGGACGACGCGACCAUCCUAGAAAUGGCAUCAAAGUUAAAGCGAGCAUCCGAAAGCGAUGAUUUUCUCAAUCAAGCCUUGAUGGAUUCACUUCCAGAGGAAGAUCGAUUGAAUUAUCAGACUCAGAGGAAAAAAGCGGCGGCUAACCAUUCCUCCACCAAGGGUAAUGGAGCUAGCAUGAAAGGAGUAGAGCUCCUAAAGGUUUUGAGAUGGGAUAUAUUUACCGACGUGUGUGGCGAACUGAGACCUUUGUCAAGUCUGAACUAUCUUUGGGUCACAGCGAAAAUCAUAAUGCUCUUCGACACAAUCGAGAAUGAGUUGCGUGAGACUAGACACCCGUACUAUGCUCAAGCCUAUGAUGGGCAUGAUUUCAGGUGCACAAAGAGAAUCAAGUUGGUGACGAUGGCUUUGCUUGAAGAAGAUGAAGGAUGUUUAAAAGUAAUGGCAAAGCAAUUCGAAAAUCUGCGAGGAGGUUUCACACACCAUAUCUAUUGGGACGACCUGGAAGCAAUGAGCGACCGAGUGAAAACACUUCGUGCAAAAGAAGGUGGAGAGAAGCUAGAAGUAGAUGGAUGUAUUGUGAUGUAA